AAAGCCCGCCACUAGGCAUGAGAGAGAGAGAGAGAGAGCGAGCCAGCGAUCAGUCGCGAUGAGGAAGCGGUCAUCGUCCCGCAAGCCGAAAGCGUCGCCGUCGCCGUCGCCGCUGCCUUCGCUGUCGCUGCCUCGCGAUUCUCUGCAAUCAAUCUUCAACAUCAUCGCCACCGGAUCGUCGUCGCGGAAGUCCAAAACCAGAGGCCGCCUCCACCGCAGGACCAACGUCGACGACACCUCCGGCCCGGCUCCGGCUCUGCCUCCGGCGAGCAAGAGCCUGACGUCGAUCGGCGAUCUCAAGGACUUUGCUUCCUCGCAGCUCGAGGAUCUCAAGCGCCGCCUCGAUCGCUCGCACUCCGGGAUCUCCAAGGACGUCGACGCCUCUCGCUCCCGCCUCCACAAGCGCUUCGAGAUCCAUGCCCAGGCAAUUCAACAAGUCACGGACGAAGUGGACAAGGAGUAUAAGAAGAUAUAUGAGCAGAUCAAUGAAACUCGAAAAGCUAUGAAGGCGACAUUCGUGGAAUUCAUGGACGAUGCUCAAACCAGCACAUCUCACGUGUGCAAAACAUCCAUCCCGGAGCUUUCGCAGUCCUUUGAUAAAGCCAUCGAUGUCCUCCGCAACCGUCUUGGAGUUUCCGCAAGUUAGUUGAUACUCAUCGACACCACUUGCUUCGGUGAACUCCAUCCUCUACCCAUUCACUGACACCGUCUUGAGUGAAUUGCUUUGGACAACUCUGCUACACAGCAUUAGCAUACAUAGCAAAACUGGAGCUCCUACCUGCUUUUGACCCACCUGCAAUCCACCUAUUGAAUCUUCUUAAAUAGGGCCCCGUAUAUCUUGAUUUGACAAAGUAAUUUGUUUAGCAUCUCUGUCGGUGCACUCGUGUCAUAACAAGCGAAACUCGAUCUCUUUGCAUUGCUUCUAGAGACGAUGCAGGACAGGACGCAUCGAGCUAAUUGCAGCAAUGGAAUGGAACCCUCCUAUUCUU